UGCGGUACGUUUGAAUUCGAUCGCAUUGGGUCACAGUGGACUGGAGCUUGAAGGGACGAUUGCGUAGUUUAUAGAGGUUUGGGAGUAGGCCUACAUCAGACAUAUUACUGUUUGAUCGUAAAGAAGACGAGGUGGGUAAGAUGAAGGACCUAUCUUCUGUGGAAGACAGAGACACCUUGAAAUAUGUCGUACGGCAUGAGCUGAAGACGUUCGGAAUCAAAGUGCCGAAAGAAAAAAGAAGCAGUGUAAGAUGCACGCAAGCUCAAGGGAAGGAAAAGUCCACAACCGCCAGUAGAUCAGCUGUGUUUGGUUGUUCCCUUGAUGAAGUUCCAGCCAUCCCGAUAAAUGCCAGCCCAGGCAGUGCAGUACCAAAAUUUCUAGUGGAUUGCGUGCAGUUUCUGCAGGACAACAUUGGCUGUGAGGGUUUGUUCCGUAAACCAGGGUCCAGGUCACGACAGAAAGAUUUACAGCUCAUGAUUGAGAAUAACAGCCCCAUCCCAAGAGAUGCCAAUGUUCAUGAUGUGGCAGGCCUCUUUAAGCUCUUCUUUCGAGAGCUGCCCGAGCCCCUCAUCAGCGGCAAGCUUGCUGAGGCGCUCCUCAAGAGCCGCCAGCUCCACGACCCCCAGGUGAGCCGCUACACCACCCAGCUGCUGUGCCUGACCCUCCCGCCCCUCCACUGCCACACGCUGUGCUACGCCCUGCAGUUCCUGCAGCGGGUGGCGGCAGACGCAGCCAGCAACCGGAUGGACGCCGCCAACUUGGCCCUGGUCAUGACGCCCAACCUGGUGGGCGGGCUCAAGAUGGAGAAGGGCGGGGGCAGCAGCAGCACAGCCAGCACCGAGAAGCUCCUGAGAUCGCAUACGGCUGUGGUCAGGCACUUGAUCCAGACGGCCAACGACAUUGGCAAGGUGCCGGACGCUGUUGUCGAGAGAGUCGAGAGCUUUGGGAACCGCUCGGGCGAUCUGCUGACGGACAGGCUGACAUCAGAGGAUGAGCUGGAUAAGAGCGGGGAUGGGAUGCUUGAGGAGAGGAAGAAGAACCGGAGACGGCGGCGAAGUGGACCAAUACAAGGUAUCAUGAGUGGCAUUGGGCAAAGCCUUGGGAUUUUGAAGUCUGGUACAGGAAGUGCAGUGAUGAAGUCUCCUGCUACAGACGAUGUCAUUGAGAAUCCGUCAUUCCUUGGUGAAACCCCUCGAAUACUCAGAUCCAGCAAGAGGAAAGCCAGUGAGGAUUUGGGGGCAUUUUCAUCAGCAAAACGGAAAGCGAUGCUACACCAGAUGACCGUGGACCCACAGUACAGCAAGCCAGGCCUGAGCUUGCACAGGGAAGGACGACAGGGGAUGACAGUGACGGAUUCCCCCAUCACUCCCCUCAGACCCAUUGGGCCUGCACUAGGAGAAGUUGAUGCCAUAACUGAGGACGGAUCAACAGUCUUCAAAUUCCAGACGCCGUCCAUCAAAUUUGCGGACGAUUCUUUCACAACGUUUUGUGCCACACCACAGGGGAAGGUCGGCUUAGCAGGUGCUACGCAUGGGAAAAAGCUGGGCAAACUCAACCCAUUGAGCAGCAAAAAGUACAAGAGACGUUCUGGUGCAAUACAAACUGAUGCCAGCACUCCCAAAUCAGUGUAUGCCAGUUACACCCCCAAAUCUAGCGGUGUCUACAAAUCCAUCAAGAAGAGACUUGGCCACAGACACACUCGCACGCAGCCAACUCCAAUUCAUCUUAAUGACAUGCCGGAUAAAUCCGUUGGCUGGCGGCUGGCCAAUCCUCCCAUGCAAGAGGACUCGGCCAUGUUGGACAGCCUGGCUCUUGGCACCUCGCCCCAACUGAGAGGAACACCGCUCACAAGGAGACGUCAAAGGCGACAGAAGAUGCCCAGCUCACCAGCCACGCUCUUCAGUCCCUGCACAGCAGCAUCCUGCCCAGUGCCAGAUCAGAGGGACAGAGAUCAGGGGUCAGCUGGUGCUACAGAUGAGAGGCCGGGAGCUGGUGUCAUGAGAGAUACGGAAUCCCCAAAAGUCGUGGUAGUAGAUCUGAAAUCCAGCACCUGUCCUGAGACUCUCGGUGACGUAUCCAAUGCCUAUCCGCUUAUUGGCACUGAUGAUUCAAAUGGGCAGGAACUUCCGAAGAAUGUCAGUUCCACAGAUGUGAAGGAAUACUCAAGCGGAAUUAUCAAGAAGGAAAUCCACAGAAUCAUGUCUCCAGGAGUUCACACAGCAGGUGAGGAGCCCCGAAGACCAGACCCUUCACCCAAACACGAGCCCCAUAGUGAAGCCACCGAAGGUCACACAUUGCUGCAGCCGUCCGCCAGCCAGAAGAGUCUGUCCAGUGUCCUCUCCCAAGUCAGCAUGGACAGCGCCAAAUCUGUGUUCAGCGUGGAGAUCGAUUAUGACAGAGCCAGCUCUCGGGCAGUGACAGAGGAUCACGACAUAACGGUGCAGACUGAUGAAACACUAAGAGGUACACAGGAGCAUGCAGAGUUGGAGUGUGACUUUCAGGAGAGUGAUACACAAAUAUGUGCUCCCUAUAAUGUACUCGAGGAUGCUGAUUACGGUAUACUGCAGAUGGAUGGAGGUUCCAGCAAGUAUGACAAUGAUGAGAUUGAUGGGAUCCAAGAUUUUCAAGAACAUGAGGAAGGUAGGGCUCAGGUAGGCAGUGUGCUUAGCUUGGACAGUGCAAUCAACACAGAAGGGGAUAAUGAAUCUACGGGAAGUUCAGAGAGCCUGAAGUGUACAGAGACUCUUGCCACUUCAGAGACGGAGAGUGGCAGAGGCCUGGUAAAAUCUGUGUCUGUUGAUAGUGGCACGGGGCUGUCUCAAGAUAAUCUUGCAAGCUUUGACGAGGCAAAACUUCAGGAGGCCCUGGUGAAGCGCAUGGCAUCCGAGCGGGGGAUCAAGUCUGCCCGGGAUAUCCCCCAAGGUCUGGUCAAGCAGAUGUCGGAGCGGCUAUCCCCAGUGGAGGAUGCCAGCGAGGAGUCCAGUUGCAGUGUUUCCAGUGAGGACAACCCCCAGUUCCGUGAGACCAAAGCCUUCUGGAAGCUGGCCCGGACAGGCCACAUCUUCAACAAGAGCCUGUCGGACUCACAGGUCAACUCACCGGCCAGGAGAGCUGGCCCAGCCCCAUCCCCCUGCGCACGGUCGUAUCACUCACAGGUGCACAUCGCCCGAAGGGACGCAUUCAGGCUGACAGCAAAACAGAAGGGCCAUGCCCUCCUAAACUCGAGCACAGUCAGGUCCAACAUUGACAUGUUCAAUUCAAUGUGCCAGCAGAUUUCACUCGAGCAAAAUCUGCGAUCAAAAACCAAACAUCCAGGCAGCCAGGCAGCUGAAAAUUCAGGAUCCACAAGAGCACUAGCUGUGCCAACUGAAAGUGCAACCACUAAGCCUGCGUCUACAAGAGUCCAGCCAAAGACAAAUCUUGUCAAGUCAGUCAGCAUUGACAGUGGCAUGUGCAGCCUUGGUAGUGAUUUGGGUGUACCAGAAACACACACCUGCAUGAUGUCAGAAUCCCAUGACCACGAUGAUUCCCAUGAGAUGGCUGUGUGCCUCGAUGCAUCGAUGGAGGCCCCAAGAGGCCCACAGGAUACCACAGAUGACGCGCACAAGCUGAAGCCAACUGACGGCAAGAAUGGGACCAAGUAUGAAAAUGCGGAGGAGAUGCCCGUUCAUCACAACGGCGACCAGGACAUAGACCAGAUUCCGGAGCACCUAGCGCCGGUUCAUGCCCUCCAUAAUGAGGCGCUUACCCCCUUGAAGCUAGCCUCGUCAACCAUCAUCCGCUCACCUGGAAAGAAGGCUGUCAAGAUCAGACACCGCUCACCUCUGAAACAGUUACAGAUCCCCAACACCAGGGACGUCACGCCAUCGUUCCAGGAGAGCAGGUUACACAAGAGAUACCCUUGCUCUCCUAAGAACCCCUUGCUCAGACAACAGGCGAGCGCGAGACAAGAGAGAUCCCUCAUACCAAAUCAUGUAAGAGACGACAUGGAUGUGGUAGAGCUAUGAGACAAUGAAGGGCAUAGAUGUACACCAUCUCAUUGUGAUUGAACUGCUAAUCUUGAACAACACAGAAUGCAAAGACUUUGCAAGUAAAUCUGACGGACAAUAUUCUCUACUCUGUAGCUCCAAAUGUCUGGAACACAGAUCCAAGUUGAUGGCUCUUUUAGCCACAACACUCUUAUAACCACUAUGCCUGUGACCCUGUAAGCAUGGGAUUCUCAUUAUGCAAUAGUGUGCUUCCAGGCAAGCCAAUGUUCCUUGCAAAGCAAUGGCAGUAAGCACAGCCUUACGUGCAGUCAUUCAAAUGUCCAACCCCUCACACUCUGAAAUCAGUAAGGGGAUGAAGCCUGUCCAAUACACUACUCAAGCACAGGCUGCACACUGCGCGGAGUCCAUUGUUUGACCAUGCUCUUUUUGUUUAGCAGAAAAGGAUAGCUGUUCAAUUGUCUGAAGAUUCUGUGGAGCAUCUCUGGGUAUUUAACGAAGCUUAACGGUGCAAGGCUUGUUGCGUGAUGGAGGAAUUUAGACAUGCACGCACACUGUCAGACAGGUGUACCAUAUUAAACAUAAUGCUAGCCAUAGAUUUGAAAGUGAGACAAUAAUCAAAUACGUCAUUAAAAUGUUUAAAUGGGUGCUUAAAUAAAGGAAAUGUACAUUUAGGAUUUAUUUUUACAUGCAGUACCGUACAUGUACACGCAUGUUCCGUUUGGCAUGUAGGAUUUGCAAAGGAAACUAAAAUUGAUAAUUUUUUGUGUGAUAUUGAUAGAUUUUGGACUUUGCAUUAUUUAACCAGUUAUACUAAAAUCUUAUUACGAUAGAGUGAACUAAAAUAAUCCGAGUGACUGUACCACACAUGACAUAGGGAACAAGCCAUACAGGGUAGACCUCCACUUUGGUAUGAGAGGGUCGAGUCAAAUAUUUAUAGUGUUCUGUGACACCAAAAGUACACUUACAAUAAUGAUUGGUAUAAAGACAUGUACUUGUCACAAGAUGCAGGAUAUGGAAUACAUGCAUUAAGCCAAUUAGCUCUUUGUAUAACUUGAAUGCAUGGUACAUGUACAUGUAACAUAUGGCUUGUUUAACUGAACAUGUUAUGUUCUUCAGAGAGGUUUUGUUCCUUAAGCUAUAUGUGCAUUUGAUUUGAGGCCAAGCUUUUGCAUGUACAGGUAUACAUGUAGUUGCUGCCCAUCAUCAGUACAUUGCUCAGAUGUGGUCCUGAAGAACACACUAUAGCGCCAGUCAAUCAACUCGUGGUCUCUAGAAUUCACACUGAGUGCCACGUUCAAUUCUUGCGGUCGGACAUCCGCCAAAUUCCAUACAAUCGUUGAGUAGCACGAAGGGUAAAUUUGCCCCUUUGCCGCAUGUUAAAUGUUCGUAGUGACGUCAUGCCGACAGUGAGAAUAUGAAAACAUCCUCAGAAUAUCAGGUGCACUUGUAUGAUCUGGCAACUUGUUGCUUGUUGGAAAGGGUUAGGCUUACUUUGCACUGUCCUGCCUUGGUUGGGAGGCUCCCCUUCACAGUGAUUGAUAAUGAGCACCGAUGUGAACAUACAGUAUGCAUUUGUAGGAUUUAACUUGUACUCUUUAAAUGUUUUCCACAUUCAUGCAUGGUAUACUGUACCCGUUACUUCCUUCUACUCAAUGGUGUUUUUGAUUCACAGGAGUAUUUAACAUAGUUGCAUAUUUUCCCUUGGAGUAUACAGUAUAACGUUUUGAGUCAUUGUGAUUUUUUUUAUGAUUGUGUUCUUUAAUGGUGUGGUUGUGUUAACUUGUGUGCCUGUGGAAGACAAAUGUACAUGCACAUAACUUUCUUUUCAGCGAUUCGUUUAAUACCAAAAUAACACAGCAUCUGAACAGAUUGAGUCACUAUGUACUUUAGGGCUUAUGUCUCAAGUUGAAUCAUGCCCUGGGCAAUGGCAAUACCAACCAAAAGCCUGUAUGGUUCACACAUAUUUACAUGCAUUUUCAAUGCACACACAUAUACUGAGAGAGCUUGAAAUACGGGAAGCAAGUCAAUGAGCUGUGCUUACAUGUAAAUGGAAAUAGCUCGUUACAAAACUUCUGAGGGUAUUUGCCAGUUAACCAAUGUGGAGCAUGUGAAAACUGGAAGUCUCACACAUUUAAUUGAGGGGAGGGGGAAGGUACAGAAUCUUUCCGUCUUCUUUCACCUCCUGAUAUUCUUUUCAUUGUACCCACUAUCAUUGUAUACUCUACAAUAAUGAAUGCAUAAAAAGAAUUAUAUGAUCAUAAAGUAACACAUUUUGUUAGGAUAACGACUGACAAAUACAAGAUUGGUUGUAAGUGUAGUAUGGUUAUAGUUUAUUAUUCAAUAAUCUCAAAGCCAGUGUGGAACUUUAAAUAUACAUGUAUAUUAGAUUAUAAUUGUUUAAUAAAAUGGGGGUCUAUUCCUAUCAACUUAA